UUAUCGAAAGCUUCAGUUGAUGAGAUUCUCUGUGGAGGAAAUCAAUAACUCUACCAACCUCCUGCCAAAUAUAUCCCUCGGAUAUGAGAUAUUUGAUCACUGCUCAGAUAAACAGAAUUUUCCAGAUAUUUUCAAAUUCCUCUCAGUCAACGGCUUGAUCCACCCUUGGGGUGAAUCACACGAGCAAAACACACAUAAGUCUAAUGUGUCCAAAAUGAUAGCAGUGGUCGGCCCUUAUUCAAGCACUCAGUCCCUGACCGUAGCCCCACUGCUCAUGAUGGAUCUCAUUCCUAUGGUCAGUUAUGGAUCUUCUAGUUCUGUCUUUUCAAAAAAAGUAUAUUUUCCCUCCUUCCUAAGAACAUUGAAUCCCAGUAAAGAUGCCAUAGACAUGAUUGUUAACAUUGUGCAGCACUUCAACUGGCGCUGGGUUGCUUUUCUUAACAGUGAUGAUGAAUAUGGCAAAGAUGGACUGGAAUUGUUCAUGAAGAGGAUUAUGGACACCGAGAUCUGCCUGGCGUACACCAAAGGCCUCUAUCAAUAUAUGGAUCACUCCCAUAUAUUCAAACAGAUACAGGCCCAGAGGAUAGGUGUCAUUAUUGUUUUUGCCCCAAAAAUGACUGUUGAAGCUCUCAUUGAGUCAGCAAUAAAACUAAAUGUCACCAACAAAGUGUGGAUAGCAGAUGAGGAAUGGUCCUUAAACAAGAGGCUCCCCAAGAUGAAAGGAAUCAGAAAUAUUGGAACUGUACUUGGAGUGUCUCAGCCAGUAGUGACAAUACCUGGUUUCAGUGACUUUAUCUAUUCUACCAAAAGCCAGACUCAUUGUGAAACUGCAGAACAAAAUGGGUUUUGUAAUCAGGUUUGCAACUGCAGCAGCCUGAGUCCAGAAGAUGUCAUCGCUGCAGACCCAUCUUUCUCUUUUCCUGUUUAUUCUGCUGUCUACGCCAUCGCUCACGCCUUACACAAUGUCUUGCAAUGUGUCGCUGGCAGAUGUAAUGGCAACAUUACAGUGUACCCACACAUGGUUCUAGCAGAGCUGAAGAAGUCAACCUUCACACUUUUAAAUCGAAGUAUUCAGUUUGAUGAGCAUGGUGACCCCACGUUCGGAUCCUAUUCUAUAGUUUUCUGGAACCGCAGUGGUGACGCAGAGGAGAUCGGCUUUUAUGAAUUUCACCCAUCAGUUAAUUUUUUCAUUAACACCACCAACAUUCAGUGGUACACAAACGGAGAAGCGCCUACUUCACUGUGUUCCCCAGAAUGUGAUGCAGGAUUUGCAAAAAAGCCAGAUGGAAUCCACAGAUGCUGCUUUGAUUGUGAAAUCUGUCCCAAGGAAACUUAUAUCAACAGCACAGUGGACUCCUACAAGUGCAUCAACUGUAAGGAGACAGAAUGGUCUCCAGCAGGAAGUACAUCAUGCAAUCUGCGGGUGGUGGAGUACGUCCCAUUCACAGACAGCGGGGCUAUCCUGAUCAUGGUCGGAGCCUGGGCCUUGGUGGGCCUCACACUGGCUGUGUCUGUUCUCUUUGCCAUCAACUACAACACACCUGUUGUCAGAUCUGCUGGCGGACCAAUGUGCUUCCUAAUUUUAGGCUGCCUCAGUGUGUGUAGUCUCAGUGUUUUCUUUUACUUUGGUAAGCCAACAAUCUCCUUUUGUAUCUUAAGGUUCUUACCAUUUCUCUUGUUCUACACCGUUUGUCUAGCAUGUUUUGUUGUGCGCUCUUUUCAGAUUGUUUAUAUUUUCAAAAUGGCCACAAUGUUCCCCAAACUCCACAGUUGGUGGAUUAAAUAUCACGGACAAUGGCUGGUCAUCACUGUGGCAUUUGUUAUUCAGGCACUCUUACUUCUUAUUGGCUAUACUUACGCCCACAUGAAGCCCUACAAUGAAACAUUUUGGUACCCAGACAAAAUCAUACUUCGUUGCGACCUUAAUCUCAAAGCAUCCAUUGGUCCAGUGGUUUUUCUUUUCUCUUUGUGCUCCCUUUGCUUUAUUUUCUCCUACAUGGGAAAAGACCUCCCUAAAAAUUACAACGAGGCCAAAGCAAUAACCUUCUGCCUGCUCCUGCUGAUCCUCACCUGGAUCAUCUUUGCCACCAUAUUCCUACUGUACCAUGGCAAGUACAUCCAAACUCUUAACGCUCUGGCAGUACUCUGCAGUCUCUACUCCUUUCUGUUGUUUUAUUUCCUACCCAAAUGCUACAUCAUCAUUUUUCAACCCCACAGAAACACGCAAGAGUACUUCCAAGGUCUCAUUAUGAAUUAUACCAAAACAAUCAGCCAGUAGCUGCUUCCAGUAAAUGUGUGUCUCUACAGACAGAAAAACUGAUGUGGCCUUCUGAAUACUUACAAUGCAAUGCUAAUAAUUUUCUAUAUAAAUAGUAUUUGUCUUGUAUACUUUUUCUUUCAAGGGUAAUCUUUUUUACAGAUAUGACCGUUUUUAAGAGGAAUGCAUUGACAAAAACAACAUUGAAAUUAGUUAAAAACAACAAACAACAGAGUGCCUUCGCAGCCACAUUACCGCAACGUCCCAGGUUCAAUUCAAGUCUUGGGGACCUUUGUUGCAUGUCAUCAUACCUCUCCCCCCAUUUCCCAUCUCUCUUUCUCUACACUGUCAAAUAAAGGUCAAGCAAAUGACCAAAAAAUAAAAUCGAUAACGUUAAAUUGUGUCUUGCUCCGAUUGGGACGCUAAUCAAGGUUAAAUGAUGUUAAUCCUAACAGAUAAUCAUGUUUGAUGAUGAUACCGCUGAAUUGUUCUGAUCUCAUUAAAUUUAUACUCACUAUAAUGGGUUCCCUCCAAAUUAUUUAGCCAAUUUCAGCAAGCUAAUUGAAGUUUUACGUGUGGUCUUGCAUUGUCAUCAUCCACACUAAGAAAUACAUUUAAUAAAAGUAGAAGAAAUCUUUGCAGUUCUUUCCAAUCUUUGGGAGUUAUUAUUUCUGAGAAUAUGUGCCUGUGGUGUGAAAAAUGUUAAACUUUAAAUUAAUUUCCCC